UCCACACCUCUCCUCCCUCAGUGUAGUCUCAGUGAUGAACCAUACCAGCACCAGCAGUGAGAGAAGCCCCGAGGCCAUCAUCAGCACUAUACUCUUUGAUCUCGAUAACACGCUGCUCUUCACCAGGGAAGUGGACCGCGCCACCUGUCUUGUGUUUAUGCAAAGACGUAGAUAAUUGGCAAAUAUGGCCAGCUGUGGACGUAGCCGGUCUUCAAGUCCUGGUGCAGACCAACCAGAGGCUAACAGUGAAUCAGACCAGAUGGAAUUGGAAGAUACCAAGGAAGAAAGGACAGUCAGGGAGCUUCCAACGAUGCUCGGCCCAGUCGAGCGAGGCAUUAUGAUUCUGAGACGAGCUAACUCCGACACUGAAAGAUUUGCAGCACUUCUAAUGGUAACAAAGCUUAUCAAGGCAGAAGAAUUAGAUGAUGGAAAUAAGAAAAAACUUAUGGAGGCAGUGGGUUUGCCAUUUCUUGCUCGACUCUUGCGGACCAAUGAGGUUCCAGAAGGUUGCCCACCAUAUAUGUUUAAGUCCAUUGCACUGACUAUUUUAACUUGCUUCAUUUCUUCUUGCUUAGGCAAUCAGACUUUGUAUGGACUCAUUCCAGUACUAAGUGAAAUAAUUGCAAAGCCAGAGUUGCAUGAUGGCGAUCUAACUUUAAUUAAAGAUUCUUACCAGUGUUUAAAAAGUAUAGCUUCUGAAAAAGGUGGAAGAAAAGCUAUAAUUGAUUUUGAAGCUGUAGGAUCACUUGUAGAUGCUUACAUUGUUGAGAGUUUUUGCUAUGAAGAUGCAUUGGAGAUUCUUUUAAUGGUUCUUACUGAGGAAGGUACUCGAACAUGGGAAGAUGAGCCAGAGUCAUUUACAAAACUCAUGAACCAUGUUGCACAUGAGUUUGCAAUUGAUCAUGGAGAACAUAAGUUCACACUGUGUGACUUUCUCUCAGAAAUGUUACAAAGUCUUCCAUUACCUACUGUGGAAACUGGUCAACCAGAAUGGAAGCAAGAUUUGCAUAAAGGUCUGUGUGAUAUCAUAUUUAGUAAAUUAGGUCGUGAGCUUCGUGAUAGAGGAUUAAGGUUAGCUGGGACAGCUAUGGAAUGUCUUGGGGUAAGCUGGGUAUUACAAGCAGAGAUUGGAACAACAGGGGAGACCAAGGGCAGGCAGUUGCUGCUAAUGCUGGUUCAUCUGGCAUGCAUAGAAGUUCGCAUGAGCUUAGAAGAUAAGACUUUUGAAGAAGCUGUUGCUCUUGCAUCUCCAACAACUGCUUGUUACACUAUAUUAGAACUAGCUAUAGUCUUUCUUGUGAAUGGUGCUGUUGAUUUUGAGCAAAAACAGAAACAGCAGUUAUAUGCUGCUCUAAAAGGAGCUUUUAAAGCAGUUCUUACAUUUCUAAAUGGAACUUCGGUUGACGAUUCAUUUUUGGAGAACUCUAAAAAUCAUUUGUUUGUUUGUGCAACUAUUCGUGUUUUGGGUGCAUGGUUAGCUGAGGAGACAGCAGCCAACAAAGAAGAAGUCUAUGAGACACUGCCUUUUAUAAUAAAAAUAAGCAGGUACAACUUUGAGCACAACAAAAGGAAAACUGUAAUGAAAUCAAAGAAAAAGGGCCAGUCUAAGUUUUAUUAUAGAGAGGAUAGUAAAGACAGGUUGCCAGAUGUUCUGAGAUUCUUGCUUCCUGGCUUGUGCCAUUUAACAGCAGAAGAUGUCUCAAGACAUAUUUUGCUGGAGCUAGAAAUUGAAAAUUUGUUAUUUGAAUAUUUUAAUUAUCAUUGGAAUAGUAUAAAAAGUGUUUUUGGUCCUCAGAAUAAGGAAGAAGAAUUGGAAAUUCCCUCUGAUAGGGUUUACUCUGCUUGUGAAGCCAUGGACACUAUUAGCAAUAUCUUCAUGAACAUAGUAGUGCAAGAACCAGAACGAGUAAAGUGUGAUCUAUUUUACUAUACCCUUCUAAAGUUAAUUUUUACAAAGGUGCCUGAAAUACCUUCUGAGGUACGUUAUCUUAGAUUGUGUGGAAAUUCAUCCACCUUGGGACUCAUGAUAUUGCGUCACCAACACAUUAAUGUUAAAAGCACCGAUUUUACAAUAUUUAGAUUUGUUCAAACCAUAGUUCGGUUUCUUUGGGAUGCUCACAAUGUUGAGGAGAGUCGUGAUUAUGCAACUUUGGUUGUAUCCUCAAGAUAUGAAUUUCACUGGUGCAGCCUUAUUGAUCUUUGGUUCUUAGGCAUGCAUACCCUUAGUCUUCUUCUUCCAAUUAUUCCAUGGCUAUGUGAUUUCUUGAUAGAAAGUGAGUGGCCUCAGACAAUUAUCGCAACCUUAUUGUCUGUACGAGAAGGUGGAUUGGAUGUUGGACUUAAAAGUGCCUUUGAGGAUUUCCUUUGCCUUCUUUCUAAAUCUUCUAAGCCUGCUUAUAACAUCCUAAAAGAGAAAGGAGUGGAACAAGUUUGUCGAAAUCACAAACUUGAAGAGUUAUCAAAGGUAUUCGGUGUUAAAGCAUCAGUUACAUCAUGGCUUGAAAAGCAAGGGCUGCCUGAAGCAGAGAGCAAAAAGAUUACAGAAGAUUUUCUUCAGAAGUUUCGAGAAGCUCCAGCCCCAGAUUACUCGACAGACAUAAAUGGAUUGGACAAGUGGAGACUGGAUAUCUGGGCAACAGUUUUACCUCACAAAUAUGACCAGUACAUAGACCAAAAUGAUGUGUUCUCAAUAUGGAAGGCGGAAAGACUAAAGCGCCUCUCUUUGAAACAAAGCGUAACAGAUAUGCUUGAUGAACUUGCUUCUGAUUUUAACCUUGGCCUCAUUACUAACGGUCCAUCUGUAGCCCAGUGGGAGAAAAUCAACAAUACUGGCUGCCAGAAAUACUUUGACUCAAUAAUUGUGAGUGGUGACUUGGAUGUCGAGAAGCCUAGUAAAGAUAUUUAUGAUCUAGCUUGCAACGAACUACAGGUGAGUCCCUCUGAAUGCAUCAUGGUUGGAGACAAAAUUGAAACAGACAUCAUAGGUGGUGUGAAUGCUGGUGUUGGAGCCACCGUUUGGGUCAAUGCGAGGAACAAAGCUGCUCCCAGUGAUGUUCAUCCAGACUUCACAAUUAGUAAGGUUACUGAACUCCCAAAUAUUCUCCUUGAUUUGACAGCUGUCACUGUGACUGCAGAAAGUUGAUGAUUGAGUACAGUUACUUAAAGAUUUAAAAAAGAAAUGUUUUACUUAUUUUACAUUUGAUGAAAAAUAAUUUUAUCAUUAAUGUAGUAUGUACAAAGUUUUAAAAAUUUUUAUAAAAUGAUUGCAAUUAUCAUUUUAUUACACUUUUUUGUAGUUGGAAAAUAGAUACUGUGCAAUAAGUGUCUUUAGACUCAAAGGCUAAGCAAAGCAUUGUUGUAAUUUUAGCUGUUAUAGUUAUAUAAAUUUUAAUUAUAAAUCUGUAUUCUCUUUAAACAUUGAUCAGUACUGUAUCAGUAUUUGACAGUUACUGUAUUUAGACAAUUAUUAAAAUUCUCUGAAAUACAGUAUUGUAUAGAGCUUGAUCUGAAUAUACCAGCACUUCAAAGAUAAGUUUAUAAUACGGUAUUUGAAAUUGUCAAUUACUGUGCAAUAUAUUUGUUAUAGUUGGAUACAUUGUCAUCAUCAGAAUUGUUAAUAUUGAGUAGUGUGCUGCAAUAGUCACGGAAUAUGUGCUUAUCAAUCCUAAAAUUGUCGGCAUCUGUUUAUCAAGAAUUUACACUUCACUGGAAUUCUCAUCAACAGCUCGGAUGAAUCUGCAUUGUUGCUUUGUGUACAAACUCAUGAUCUGCAUAAAGCAUUCUCAGGUUUCACUAACAGCAACAGAUUAUUUUUAUAUUACUGUAUUGACAUGCAUGCCACUUGUAAAUUCAUGUAGAUUUUUAAUAAAAGUGAAAAAUAC